AUGGAGGACAAAGCUUCCCAGGGAUGUUUCACAGCCCACUUCAAACACAGGAAUGUCGAGCUUACGGAGGACAAAAUCGACGACAUGGUGGAAGUAACAGGCCAAGGCCGCCUCGGCAUUUUACUACAACAUUGCACUAUCACUGGCAUCGCGCAUGAUGGUUAUAUGGACCCAGAGGAGACAGAGGACUUCAGUUGGAUGCUGACUCAGGCUUUCUAUAACUUGAAGCGGCGUUCCUCAAGCGGUGGCCUUGUCUCGUUGUGCCUUCGCGUCGCCGCGCGCAUCGAGGGUCCCGGCGAAGUCCUCGUCGAGCCGACCGAGUUUAGCAAUUGGAGAAAUGUCCAGACUGUGGCGGAACGCACCUUUAAUAUCACAAUGGGGGCGCUGAGGAAGAGCGGGCUGCGCGUCGAUGAGGAGCUUGACAUAUAUUACGGCCUCCAAGGCUGCGGUCUGGCAUGCAUUCCAUUCCUGCGCUUUGUAUCGAAGGCCAAGUUGAAGCGAAACUUUGGAACUUUGAAGAUACUGAAGGUCAGCAUGUCGGCACCACACGAUUACGAAGCAGGAAUGGCUAUGAUGGGACAGACCCUGCAGCAAUCAUAA